UAUAUAUUCAUUCACUCUUGUUUUUCAGGCUCCACUCUGAGAAAGCAUCCCUUGCAUGAGAAAGGCCAAAGAUCACCAGAAAGGUUGGAUACUCUGUCAUGUAUCUUUUUUCUGAUCCUUAUCUUUGUGUUGGAUAUGUAUUUACUAUUUAGCUGUCUUGUUCUUUUUUGUGUUGGAUAUGCCAUCGCAGUGAAAGACUUGAUAUCCAAAAAAUAGGGUGGGGCACAUGCCACACCCUCUAAUACACUAACACUGGGACUGCCCCUGGUUUUGAUCUUCUUCUUUUUUUUUCAUAUUUCCCGUGAGAACAAUGACAAGACAGAUUUGUUGGCUAAAGAGACCACUUAUGGGAAUAGUGCUUAUGAGAAACUUUUAAAACAUAUAUGGGAUUUCCCGAAUGUAUUUGAUACAUAUUCCAGAUUAGAACUCGUCUUUGAUGUUUUACAAUUUACAACCAAAUUUUAUAAUACGACUGUUAAAUAUUAUUGACUCUAAUUUACCGAAAUUGUUCGCUCAAAACAAAUAAAUAAAAUAAUAGUGAUUUUAUAAAAUCGAUACUGAAUUAAUUUAUAUUGAUAAAAAAAAAUAUAAACCAUAUAGGAAAAGGAAUGAGGAAAAAAGUCGUAUAUAUUAAUCUUGUAAGAGUGAGCAAACGAAAACCCUAAAUAACAAUUCAAGCCACCAUCUUAAGACUCACGAUGAUGAGAAAAAACACAUUAAAGAUGUCGGACCUUCCAUGUGAUUUGAUAGAGGAGAUACUUUGUCGCGUUCCGGCUACAUCUCUGAGGCAUUUACGAUCUACUUGCAAACAAUGGAACUUAUUGUUCAACAACCGGAGAUUCACAAGAAAGCACUUCGAUAAAUCCCCAAAGCAGCUUAUGACUCUCAUGUUGAACGAGUCUAUGGUUUGUUCGACGAGAGUUAAUCUCAAUGGAGUUCCAGAGGUCACAAGCGAACUUAGCCUAGUUGACCCUCUUUAUAGUAGUUUAAUAGAUCAUGAGUUCGAUAGUUAUGAAGUCUUUCACAGCGACGGCUUAUUAUUAUGCAUCAACGAAGACAACACUAGACUCGUGGUCUGGAACCCGUGUACUAGUCAAGCUAGGUGGAUCCAACCCAAAACACGUGUCAGCAGCCAUGCUCUUGGAUCCUACCAUGGUAAUAGCUAUAAAGUAUUGAGCUACCACCCUGACUUCGCAAUCUUUGAUGAUAACUCUAAUUCAUGGAAGAGUCUUGAUAUCACCCCCGACUGCACCAUAGCAGAUUCUGAACAGUUCAUGUCUUUGAAAGGAAAAACUUACUGGUUUGCUUAUGAUAAAAAAGAUGAGCGUCCCAUCAGCAUAUUCUUACUCAGUUUUGAUUAUACAAGUGAAACGUUUGAACGUCUACGUCUUCCGUGCCAGAGUUUUCUCUAUGAAACUAUGUCUAUGUCCGUUGUUAGAGAAGAGAAGCUUUCUGUGUUGUUACAGCGAGAUUAUACGUCAAGGACAGAGAUAUGGGUGACAAAUAAGAUUGGUGAGACCAAAGAAGUCUCGUGGAGCAUGUUCCUAGCACUGGAUUACUCGCCAGCUGGACUUCAUCUUCGGGAUACCGUAAGUUUUUUGGUCGAAGAGGAGAAGAAAGUCAUCGUGUGUUGUGAUAGAUACUUGGAAGAUGAAUUCCACGGCAAAAAGUUGAUUCACAUUGUUGGAGAGCAAAAUCAAGUCAGAGAAUUUGAUUUUGGAGAAGCCAAACGGUGCCCGAUUUUGUUUAAUUAUGUUCCAAGUUUGACACAAAUCCACCAAGGUGUAGGUGUGGGAGGGAAAAGAAAAAGAGAUACAAUUAACAGACAAUAUGCUGGAAGAUGGUCCAAGCUUUUUCACAGAGUUUAGUGGUUUUGUUUUUGAUGGGCACAAGUUCUGUUGAUUUUAGUUUAGUGGUAUUUUUUUAUACUACGAAAUGUUUCAAGUGAGUUAUACAUACUUGUUGCUAUUGCAUUACUUUUCAUCAUUUUUUUGUAACGUUAUAUGAUCAGGAUUCAGGAAAGAUCUCUCAGGUUCCAGAUCUUUCUUUGACAUAAUUUACAUGCAGGUUUGCAUGCUUCUUUAGCGUAAUAAAUUCAAAGAUAUAGAACACGACUGACCUAACUGAAUUAUGUACAAGAAUUAAUGAGACCCAAAAUAAAAAAAAAGACACAAAGAACUUUUACAAAUAAGUUUGUGGGGUUUCUCUCAUAACAGAAAAGUCUACCAAGUGGCAAAAAAUAACGUGUGCAAGAAUCCAAUUAAGAAUAACAACAAGUCUAAAAAGAAUGAUUCUGUCAUGAAACUCCGUAAACAACAUGAACCAUCGUCACUUUGAUCAUCUCGUCCUCUGCAUUAGUCAUUAGUAAUUUUUUUAAACAUGAUUACCAAAAAAACAUGAGCGAACAGUUUAAACGUAUAGAUGUGGAGAACUCGCAUGUUAAACCAAGACCAGCCCAUUUAAUUUAUGUCCAGCUUUUUUUUUUCUUCCGUUCCAUACAAAUACGUUGGAAAUAUGCAGUUUACACGAGAUUGGCAAUAUUUUUGUUCGUGGAAUCUAUAUAUAUAUAUAUAUAUAUAUAUAUAUAUUAAAUGGAUGAGAAGACAAUGGGUUUUGAAGCAUUCUAAGACAUAACGUGAACGUAACAUCAAUUAUCAGUGGACGUGACUGCUGACAUACCAAUUGUUGAUAUUGAUCUCAUCUUGCAGCAACAAAAUGAUGAAACAGUCACUGCAGGAAGUCUCCCUACAACUUCUGUUAGUGUGCCUCAUGUUAACUCUCAACCAGAGUUGAACAUGAACAUUCAGGAUGUUCCACGCUUGCAGUCGGACUUGAUAGCGGAUUCUCAGGAACCAUAUGUUUCUACACAUGCCCCUAUGGAAUGCCAAGAUAUUCAAGUCUCAAAGAUCACCACUAGUUCCUCUACCCCACAGGUUCAAGAGGAUAACCAAAUAGCAUCGCCAACUUUAGCCAAGAUUUUAUCGCCAUUAGUAGAUAUUGAAUCUACUCCCAUUUCAGCAUCUAUUAUGGAGACUUCUCCAUCCAACAUUAUCAACAAGGAGGUCCAAAAAACUUUGAUUGUUGAUCCUUUACACACAUUGGCUCAAGCAAGUGGAUUUGAGAGUCCUUCUCGGUUCACUGCGUUAGGUGAUGUGGAAGAGGCCCCAGAUGAACCAAUGAGCUCGCUCGGUUUGACAAAGGGUUUGAGGGAGAUUAGACCUCCUAAAAAGUUCCAAGAUUUGGAAUGGAAAACUGCACGAGGGAGAGGUAAGCGCUGCUGUCGCGGCCGUGGUAACACUCGCUAGUAGCUCUUUUUCAUUUCUUUUUUGGUUUUGACUCUCUCAUGCCUUGAAUGUUUCAUAGGUUUGAGAUGUUAUUCGUCAUGAAUUGUAUUCAUGCAAAUUUUUUCUCACUAUAAGGUCUACAACCUUAUUAUGUAAACGUUUUUAUUUUAAUUGAAAGCCCUUUGUCAAAAAAAAAACAUCAAUUAUCAAUAGUUUAUGAUUAGUCACAGAAGAGGUAACGUUCCAUUUAUCGGAUGAAUCUUUUCACAGCUCCAAUACAUCCCUCGCAUGACCUAGCCACUCACAGAACAAAGGAAUACAACAGAAAACAGAAAAACUAAGUUAGCGCAACCGUACAACAAAGUUUUUACAAGAACAUUUAUUAAUAAGCAUAUCACAUUGCUUUCGAUCUAAAAGAGUUGUGUUCUGUAUAUUUUUCUCAUGUUGUAAUUGCUUCUUCUUUAUAUUAAAUACAAAAUAUUUGAAAAAAAAAAUUGCUUGCUUUAAUUCAUCCUUGAUUAAAAAAAACUUUGAAAGUGAUAUCAGUAUGUAUAUGUUUUACCGCCGUCGCAUUAGAAACAGACAUCACCACGUGCAUCACGUGACGACCUUUAUCCGGAAUUUUACCGUAGCAUCAGGUGACACCCACGUGUCGUCACAGCUUACUAACCGAGUAGCAAACAUCGAAUCGUACACGUGUCAUAGCGGCCACGAAACGGGAAGGUCCUUCUAGUUCCAACAACAGUAACGACGCAGCAAGCAGAGGUAAUUAUUGCUUCGUGUUUAAUUGGAGCUAUUUUCGAUUCGAAACGUUAAUGAUAGCAUUUGUUGUGAGUUGAUUUUGUCAUGUGAGAAGAAAACAACUAGCUCUAAACACCUGACACCACAAAAAUAUAACAAAAUGAUGUGUUUAUAUAAGAAAUUGUCAAAUAUUCAGUAGCUGUGUUGGUAAAGUAUGGUGACUGAACCCUCAAAACCCAGAUUUGAAACUCACCAGUGUCACCCACGAAGUUUUAGUGAGCCCUAGCUAGGACGAAAUUUUGAAAUAAGAUUAUGUCCUAUCCGUGUACUGCAAACAUAGCAUAUAACAUUCUUCAAAGAACAUGGUUCCUGAACUUGUGGUGAUAGCAAAUACAUUACCAUUCCCAAAACAGAAAGUAAUCAUUUUGUCCAUACAGCAAUCAAACAUACCAAAAAAAAAUGAAAAGGGUAAAUGUUUAUUGGUGGUCUCAACUCAAGUAGAAAGUACAAAUGGACGAUCUAAUACAUAAUCUUUAUGCAUGUUACCAAAGAGUAACAAAUAAGAUAUGAGACUAGAUUCUUUGUUUUUGUGUAAUU